GACCUCCGGAGAUUGAUGAUGAAGACGAGGAGAAGGACGAAGGCGGGGAAUCGUGACAGCAGCCGCUGUGGACGACUACGGAGAAAAUGGGGAAGCCGGAUGCCGCUGCUGCUGAUAACGACGAUGAUGUCGACGAUGAGGACGUUGAUGAUGAUGGUGAUGAUGGUGAUGAUGGUGAUGGUGAUGAUGAUGGUGAUGAUGGUGAUGAUGAUGAUGGUGAUGAUGGUGAUGGUGAUGAUGACGAUGAGGACGUUGAUGAUGAUGAUGAUGAUGGUGAUGAUGAUGAUGGUGAUGAUGACGAUGAUGAUGAUGAUGACGAUGUUCACGAUUAAACAGGAUGUUGAGUUUAGUGUCAUAGAUCUGCGAAGUGAAGUCCUUCCAAUCAUCACUAAUGAACCUGGUGUCUCAAUCACUCACAGGAGUUUUCUGGGGUCCAUACUGCAGAAUGUACUUCUAGUGAAAUUCUUCGAUCACUAGCUCAGUUGGUGCAUGAGGAGGUAGAGGAAUAAAAUUCAGAAAUUUGGAAAAACAAUCCACAAUGACCAUGACUUGUGAAUGUCCUCCCUCGCUCACCUUCCGCAUGUCCGUGAAAUCGAUAGAGACCGACUCACCGGGCCCAUCAGGGAUUGGGAGGGGUUUCAGUAGGUCAUAAGGCUUAUUCCUAUGGACCUUGGUUCUUUGACAGACUUGACAUUCAACAAUAAAUUUCUGAGCAGAUCCCUUCAUUCCCGACCAAUGAAACUGCUGCAAAAGA